GACUUGACCAUAGGCAGCGUCAGGGCUGCGCUGCAGGGCUUCAAAAAGGCCCGGGCCUGGACUUCAGCGUUGCAGGUGCUACGGAAGAUGCGACAGGACGAGCUGAUGCCAGAUCUGCCUGCAUGGACGCUGGUGAUGGCAUGCAUGGCCAGCGGCCACUGGCAGACUGCCUCUGCGCUUCUGGACGAGAUGUCUCAAGCUUCGGUGCAACCCAGCGUGGUCUGUUACAAUGCCGUGCUGUCUGCACUGAGUCGAGGUACCCAGGGAGAAGCAGCGCUGUCGAAGUGGCGAAGUUGGAAAGCGCAAGGUGUCCGUCCCAGCUGUGUGACCUACACCUGCCUGAUGGGUUGCUGCCACUGGACCAUGGCAAUUCAGCUCCUUGAGCAGAUGCCGCAGCAGCGCAUGGAGACGGAUCUGGUCGCAUGGAAUGCUGCCCUGAACUCCUGUGCUGAUGCCAGGAGUUGGCACCACGCCGUCCACCUAUUGCAAUUCAUGGAGGAUAGCCAAGUGAGCCCGGACAUAAUCAGUUUCAGCAGCUGCUUAGCCGCAUGCGCCGUUCCCAGCGCCUGGGAGCGGAGCCUUGAGCUGUUCUCCAGGGCCCAGCAGCGAUUUCGCGUUGAUGCACAGAUCUGUGUGGCUGCACUUUCCGCCUGUGCCACCGGUGCCUGUUGGCAACACGCCUUGGAGGUCCUUCGGCUGCGUCCCAGUCUGCCGCAGACGCGGAGCGCUUUGGGCGCCCUGGUGACGGCCCUGGUGCCGUGCUGGUCGCGAGCCAUGCAGCUUUUGUUGGAGGACAGGGGCACAGCUGAUUUGGUGACCUGGAACACACUUCUGGCAGCCACCCCAUGGGAGUGCGGCCUGGCGUUGCUCUCGCUGAUGUCCAAACGUUUGAGGGCCGACUGUGCCAGCUAUGGCGCGGUGUUGCGUGCCUGCGAGAACACCCAUGAGUGGGAAGUUGCCAUUGCCCUGCUACAAGACAUGACUGAGCGUCAAGUGCCUCCAGACCUGAUGGCCUGUUGUAGCACCUUGAGUGCUUGUGAGAAGGGCAGGCAAUGGCAGCGCUGUUUGCUUCUCCUCACCGAGAUGCGCCGAGCCGAAACGCCGACAUUGCCGGCGCCGGACAUCGUGGCCUAUGGCGCAGCGGUCAGCGCCUGUGAGAAAUGCGGCCAGUGGCCAGCGGCUCUGAGUCUCCUGCAGCAGCUCUGGGAGAGGACUUUACAACUGGACCAGGUGGCCGGAAAUGCUGUUUUGAGCGCCUUAGGAAGCGGCCAGCAGUGGCGCAUGGCUUUGGCUUUGUUCUUUCAGAUGGAGCAAGCUGAAAUGGUGGAUUUGAUCAGCUACAACGCACUUCUGGAGCAAUGUCCCUGGGACGUGGCGCUGGCUUUGGCUCAGGAGAUGGCGCAUCAACAGCUGCAACCGGAUCUCAUCACCAGCGCCGCGCUGUCGCGUCGCCUAGAGCUAGGCGGCGCUGUCGCGGUCGCGGCGUCGCUGCGCUGCUGUCGACAGCUGGAACUGCAGGGUAUGGCGCUGCUGCGACGGCGGUGA